GAUGAGCCUGCUUUCUGCCAAUGGUUCAUACAGGCUAUUCUGUAUUCUAGUUACUAUAGACAAUCAAUGACAGGGUGUACUAGAGCCACAAUACAGCACAUACUAUUUAUUUAUUUUGAACUGUCGGUACCAAGUUCAACAAAAGUAGGAAAUAAAACUCCAGUCUCCAGACAUGGCUUUAGUGGGAGUUAGAGCUUCAUACCACAGGAUUCUUAACAAGAUCGAGCUCAAACUACCUGCUAAACUGAGACCUUUCUACAACCAUCCAGCAGGUCCAAAGACAGUCUUCUUCUGGGCACCAGUGUGUAAAUGGGGUCUGGUUAUGGCUGGCAUGGCUGAUAUGACAAGGCCAGCUGAUAAACUGAGUCUCUCUCAGUCUGGAGUACUCAUGACUACAGGUGUUAUUUGGUCCCGAUAUUCUCUUGUCAUUAUUCCGAAGAACUGGGGUCUCUUUUUUGUCAACGGUUUUCUUGGAUUGGCAGGAGCCAACCAACUUGUUCGAAUCUGGAUGUACCAACAGGAAGUAAAGAAGCAACAGGACGAGAAGGCCCAGAUCCCCAUCAUAUAACACACACACACACACACACACACACACACACACAUAUUUAAUUUCUUCAUGUCUUAAUCCAUUUUUAUACAAAGUCUGUAAAGUCAACCCUCAACAGUCACUAACACUGGUUUGAUAUACAGUACAUAUCACAGGUCUUAUAUACAGUACAUAUCACAGGUCUUAUAUACAGUACAUAUCACAGGUCUUAUAUACAGUACAUAUCACAGGUCUUAUAUACAGUACAUAUCACAGGUCUUAUAUACAGUACAUAUCACAGGUCUUAUAUACAGUACAUAUCACAGGUCUUAUAUACAGUACAUAUCACAGGUGGCCGGGUGCAACUUCAUUUGGGAGGGCUGGCUCAUAGUGAUGGCUGGAACGGAAUACAUGGAAUUUCCAUGGUUACCAUGUGUUUGAUAACACUCUAUUCACUCCAUUCCAGCCAUUAAUAUUAGCAUUCCUCCCCUCAGCAGCUUCCUGUGAUAUGUAUAUAACCAGGCACUAUAUUCUAAUAGGCCUAAUGAAUAUGUAGGAAUUUACAUUCCUUCCUUUUUUGUGACUAAGGAAAUAUCAGGUUUUGGCUCUAACUCUCAAUAUUUGUAAUAUCAAAUCAAAUGUAUUUAUAUAGCCCUUCGUACAUCAGCUGAUAUCUCAAAGUGCUGUACAGAAACCCAGCCUAAAACCCCAAACAGCAAGCAAUGCAGGUGUAGAAGCACGGUGGCU